GACCACGUGAUCCCGCUUGUCAUCCUGCCCCCGAUCCCAGCGACCCAUACAUCAUCCACUCCACCUGACGCCCUCCGGUCUCUCUCCCACUCUCCCCAGCGCCAUCUUCCCUCUCCCUCGUGCCAUGUUUUGGUCAUUUGACAUUUCACAGCUGGCGGAUCGAAUUUCGACACACAAACGUAUGUAAACAGAAAAAAUCCGCCACCUUGCGCCCCCAAGUGAAAAAUGCAGUCCGAGGACGUGGAAAUCGAGUUGCCGUCCCCCUGCCUCGACGGCCUGGACAUGGCUCUGCAGCGGCUGGGGAUGCUCGCCACCAGCACGAACUCCCGCCGGGAGUACCUCAAGGAGGCCCGGCGGAAAUCCUACUUGAACAUGGUCCGCAUCAACACCCGAUACGUCAGUAACGUGUCGAUAGGUUUCAGGGUGCGCCCGCUCACGCCCCACGUGCGCUACAAACCCUACGCGGUGAAGCGGCACCGCACGCGCUCCGAGAACAACGACGGCGAGGACGCCGGGAUGGUGAAGGCUGUGGUGGACGAAGUGAUCGAGAACUCAGUGGAUCUGGCCCAGCUGAAGAAGGCCAAGUCGCUCGAGAGCAUCGUGGCGGAGUGCAACGCCGAGGUGGAUUUGCAGAACAUCAACAUUCAGGAGGUGGAGGUGGUUUCGAAUUGUAUACAGAACUUGAAGGUUGUAGAGUGACUGCGACUGUUAUGACACAUCAGCUAAACUGUGCACUGUCACUGCCUUGUCUUUUUUUCGGGGGUCGGGGGCCGAAUUGCGCUGUGUUCGUUGUAAGUGCGUCAGGUACCUCAGUUGCGGUUUUUUUUUUUAGGUUAGGGUAGGAUUGUAAGCGCGUUUGUUUUGGUUUUUUCUUUUGGAUGUAAUUGGUGCACAAUGUAUGGUGUGAGCCAAAGACACUCGAGACGAGGGACUGAAAUCUAGUAUUUGUAAUUCGUAAGCGACGUUAUUUAUUAAAUUGACUAUCAUUUGUUGUAAUAACUGUGGAUUAUGGACAGAAAUAAAGAUUCCUCAAUUUA